UGUAGUCACUGACUUGGUAAACAGGAACAUCUCUGAAUGUAGAGAUGGGGAGUAUCUCUGAAUGCAGAAAUGGGAAAGCAGAGGUUGGGGUAUCUUUUAAAAUGACAGUGUCCCACCCAGCACAAUGUCUUCUGUCUUCCCCCACCAAAAAAAAAAAAAGCAAGCAAGCAAGGAGGGAACCCAGCUUGAGGCUCAGCCUUUGACCCCAUGUCCUCUGCUGCUGCGGGCAGGCUUGCUUGCUGUACAGUGGACCAGCCUCCCCACCUUUUAAGCAGCUUGUAAGGUAGGGUGUGCAGCCCCUCCUGGGGAAUGAUAGGCCUGAGCAGCUCCGCCUCCCGGGAGGGGAGGCUGGGACAGCUUUCCUGGGGAAUUUUCUUAAUGAAAAAAAUUAAAAAAAAGGAAAAAAAUUCGCUCACUCCAGUUGCCUGCCUUUUAAAAUAGUCCUUUCCUCGUCUCCCUCCACCAAAACUGCAAAUCACCACCAACCUAGCACCAAAAAGAUGGGGGGUGCGGGUGAGGUGGAGAAAGAGCAAGUCUCAUUCUCUCCUCUUCACCCUCCGUUCUUCUGAGUCUCUCUCCCUUCCCCUCCCUCCCUCCCCUUUCCUCCAGAGAGGCAGUCGCUGGUCUCUGGACCAAGCCUCCCUCCGACGGGGCCUUCGGCAACUUCUCGGUUCCUUCUCGGCCCUCUUUCCUAGUUUCUCCACCCUUUGCCAUGCUCCGGAUCGACAGGCACUGGGAGGGCUUCGCUUUCUGCCUCGGGGAAUGGCGGUCAGCUGUCUGGGGCCGCGAGGGGGAGACUCGGCGGAGGUUAGGGAAAGAGUGAUAGAGAAAGAGCCGCGGGAACGGAGAGAAGGGGGCCCGCGACUACUACACCGGGGAUGGCCCCGACCUCUCCCCGUGCCCCCGACCCUUCCUGCCGCCUCUGCCUGGGUGCAGCGCGCGCUGGGGGCCACCUCUAGCGCCCCUGAGUCGGAAGAGACCCCGGAGGACCUAAGUGGGGAGGGGGAGGGAGGAGCAGAGCAUUUCUGAAAGCUCGGCGGAGAGAGCUGAGGAGGAAGUCUUGGGGCGCUCGCUUGCCUCUGGAAGCGCCGGUGUCUCCGGAGCAGCUAGCCUUCUCCAGGAGUUUGCUAGAAAGAGGCAACUUUUCAGCGGCUCGUGAGCCCCGGGAGAAAGGCGUGUGCAGAGGGUGGGACUGGAGCGAACACACACAGAGACAGACACACACACUGUGUGUGAGCGCAUGUGGGGGCGCCCGGAGGGCCUGGGGGACCCCGCGCGGAGGACGCACCAUGGCCGAACCCCGCCGGUCUUCCCGCGGCAGGGGGCGCGCAGCCUCGGCGCGGCGGCGGGACUCAGGCAGCUUCUGGGGGGAUCUGGCGCCGCGGCCGCCACGGGGCUCCGGGAAACUUUCCUGGGCGCUGCUUGCGGGCUCCCUGUCCUUGCUGCUGGCGCGGCCCGUCUGCGGAGAGGUCGCCAGUGACCUGGAGCCCAGGAAGGAGGCGGCGGGCGCGGAGGAGGAGGAAGCGGCCCCCGGAGCAGAAGGGGGCGUCUUUCCCGGGCCUCGGGGAGGCGCUCCCGGGGGCGGCGCGCCGCUCAGCCCCUGGCUGCAGCCCUCGGCGCUGCUCUUCAGUCUCCUGUGUGCCUUCUUCUGGAUGGGCUUGUGCCUCCUGCGCACCGGGGUGCGCCUGCCUGUGGCCGUCGCGCUGCUGGCCGCCUGCUGCGGGGGGGAAGCGCUCGUCCAGCUGGGGCUGGGCGUUGGGGACGAACACUUGCUCUCCUUCCCCGCCGCGGGGGUGGUGCUCAGCUGUUUGGCCGCGGCGACAUGGCUGGUGCUGAGGCUGCGGCUGCGGCUGGGCGUCCUCAUGUUCGCCUUGACUAGCGCAGUCAGGACAGUGGCCCUCCUUUCCUUAGAGAGGUUCAAGGUCGCCUGGAGACCUUACCUGGCGUACUUGGCCGGCGCGCUGGGACUUCUCCUGGCCAGGUACGCGGAGCAGAUCCUGCUGCCUGCAGCGGCUCCGAGGGAACCUCUUGGGUUUCCGCAGGUCUCCGGGGUCAGGGAAGACCCCCCGGUGUUGAAGAGGAGACGGCGGUCCAGCUCCGUGGUGUCCGCCGAGAUGUCGGGCUGCGGUGGCAAGUCGCACCGGAGGACCUCGCUGCCCUGCAUACCCAGGGAACAGCUCAUGGGACAUUCAGAAUGGGACCACAAGCGAGGGCCAAGAGGAUCACAGUCUUCAGGAACCAGCAUCACCGUGGACAUCGCCGUGAUGGGUGAGGCUCAUGGGCUCAUCACAGACCUACUGGCGGACCCCUCGCUGCCCCCCAAUGUGUGCACAUCACUGAGGGCUGUAAGCAACCUGCUGAGCACCCAGCUCACCUUCCCAGCUGUCCACAAGCCCAGGGCCAGCCCUGUGGUAUCCUUCAGUGACAGCAUCACCUGCUCGGAUUCCGAAGAGAGCUCGGAGAAAGACAAGCUGGCCAUCCCCAGGCGCCUGAGGAGGAGCCUGCCCCCAGGCUUGCUGAGACGAGUGUCUUCCACGUGGACCACCACCACCUCAGCCACCGGGCUGCCCACGCUGGAGCCGGCCCCUGUGCGGAGGGACCGCAGCGCCAGCAUCAAACUGCAUGAGGCACCUUCCUCCAGUGCAAUUAGUUCCGACUCCUGGAGUAACCCAGCAUCAAUGACGCUCACCAAGAGCAGAUCCUUUACUUCCUCCUUUGCCAUUUCUGUUGCAAACCAUGUCAAGGCCAAGAAACAGAAUCGACCAGGUGCACUCACCACAAUUUCCCCUGUCCCCUCACCCUGCGCCUCACCUCUCCAAGGGACCCCUGCCAGCAGCCCAGUCAGCAAAACCUCUGCAGCUCAGUUUCCAGAGCCUGCUGGCACCCUUGCCAAGCAAGGCCUCAGUUCUCACCGGGCCUUGACUUACACUCAGAGUGCCCCUGACCUGUCUCCACAGAUCCUGACACCACCAGUGUUAUGUAGCAGCUGCGGCAGACCCUACUCCCAGGAGAAUCCUGCCAACAGGCCCCUGGAGGGAAGCAGCACAGCCGUGCAGACAGCAAGCAGGACUGAUGAUACCACUCAAGUGACCUCUGAUUAUGAAACUAAUAACAACAGUGAUAGCAGCGAUAUUGUGCAGAAUGAAGAUGAGACCGAGUGCUCCAGGGACCAACUGAGGAAAGCAUCAGCCUGCAAUACGUGCAUGCCGAAGAAUAUGAUAUUCCUGGAAAAACUAAUUCUUGCUCCAGAACCUCUUGUCAUGGAUAAUUUGGACUCAGUUAUGGAGCAGCUUAGUACAUGGAACUUUCCAAUUUUUGAUCUGGUGGAAAAAAUAGGAAGAAAAUGUGGCCGCAUCUUAUCUUGUCUUUCUCUUUCACAGGUAUCUUACAGACUUUUUGAAGACAUGGGACUCUUUGAAGCUUUUAAAAUCCCAAUUAGGGAAUUUAUGAAUUACUUUCAUGCUCUGGAGAUUGGCUACAGGGAAAUUCCUUAUCAUAACAGAAUUCAUGCCACUGACGUCUUACAUGCUGUGUGGUAUCUUACUACACAACCUAUUCCAGGCCUCUCAACUGUGAUCAGUGAUCAUGGAUCAGCAAGUGAUUCAGAUUCUGACAGUGGAUUCACACACAGUCAUAUGGGCUAUGUGUUCUCAAAAAUGUAUAAUGUGCAAGAUGAUAAAUACGGUUGCUUAUCUGGCAACAUCCCUGCCUUAGAGUUGAUGGCACUUUAUGUGGCUGCAGCCAUGCAUGACUAUGAUCACCCAGGACGGACUAAUGCUUUCUUGGUUGCAACUAGUGCUCCUCAGGCAGUGCUCUAUAAUGACCGUUCAGUGUUGGAGAAUCAUCAUGCAGCUGCUGCAUGGAAUCUUUUCAUGUCCAGGCCAGAGUAUAACUUCUUAGUUAACCUUGACCAUGUGGAAUUUAAGCAUUUCCGUUUCCUUGUCAUUGAAGCAAUUUUGGCCACUGACCUGAAGAAACACUUUGACUUUGUAGCCAGAUUUAAUGCCAAGGUGAAUGAUGAUGUUGGAAUAGACUGGACCAAUGAAAAUGACCGUCUACUGGUUUGUCAAAUGUGUAUAAAAUUGGCUGAUAUCAACGGGCCGGCUAAAUGUAAAGAGCUUCAUCUUCAGUGGACAGAGGGUAUCGUCAAUGAAUUUUAUGAACAGGGUGAUGAAGAAGCCAGCCUUGGGUUACCCAUCAGCCCUUUCAUGGACCGUUCUGCCCCUCAGUUGGCCAAUCUGCAGGAAUCCUUUAUUUCUCACAUUGUGGGGCCACUGUGCAACUCCUAUGACUCUGCUGGGCUAAUGCCAGGGAAAUGGGUGGAAGACAGUGAUGAGUCGGGAGAUACUGAUGACCCAGAAGAAGACGAAGAGGAGGUGGUGGUGGAAGAGGUGGAGGAAGGGCCCAUUGAAGAGGAAGCCUGUGAAAAUAAUGAACCUUCAAGAAAGAAAACUUUCAAAAGGAGGAAAAUCUACUGCCAAAUAACCCAGCACCUCCUGCAGAACCACAAAAUGUGGAAGAAAGUCAUGGAAGAGGAACAGAGGAUGGCAGGCAUGGAAAGCCAAUCCUUGGACCCACCCCCUCAACAGCACCCCUCUGAUCAGAUCCAGGCCAUCAAGGAGGAAGAGGAAGAGAAAGGAAAGCCAAGGGGAGAGGAAGUCCCACCCACAGAGCCAAAUCAGUGACAAUGAUUAGAAUGAGCUGUGUUUCCAGUGUGACUUGUCACAGACUCUUUCCAUGCCAGCACAACACUUAGACACAACACUGUAGAAAUAUGAGAAGAUGGGAAAUGGUUAUUGCAUUUUGGAAUUCCUUGCAUUUUAUGUGCUUAUUUUUACAGUGAGGUACAUUCUUUAAAAAACAAAACAAAACACACACAAAAAAAAUCUUGUUCAAAGAAGCUUUCACAUUGCAACACCAGCUUCUAAGGAUUUUUUUUUUUAAGGAAGAAAUAUAUGUGUGUGUAUAUAAGCUGUCACGUAGAUCUGUGUAAAACAUAUUUCCACAUGCACACACACACACAAACACACACUGAAGCCAGGAUUACUGGCUCCACAAUGUAGUUAACAAUCAUAUUAAGGUAUAUAGUGGUCACUGAUAUGAUAAAUUGUAAAGGAAAACAAAUCACAAAGGCAAUGGUGCGGCUUAGCAGGGAAACAGUGCAGCAAACAUAGGUUACAUCUAAGGAGCUUUUUGCUCUUAGGAGUCAGAGAUGAAAGUUCCAGAGCAUUAUUUGAAUUCUUAUACAACCUGCCAACUGUGUGUGUGUGUGUGUGUGUGUGUGUGUGUGUGUGUGUGUGUGUGUGUGUGUGUGUGUGGUGAGAGGCUGUUGUGUUUUAGUAGUUCAUAGACUAGCAGCAGCAGAUGACUCAGCACGUGAACAAACAGAAGGAAGUCCACUGUGGAGGUCCCCUGAGAAGCAGUGUUUCCAAAUGUCUUGCUCCAUUGAGCUUCAGCAGUGAUCUCUCUGCAGAGGAAGGUGUUCUCAGGCUGGGUGACAGGGCCUUGUGAUUGGUACUACUGCUAUGCACCACUUGGAGGCGCUCUAUCCCCGGCCUCAAACCUGGAAGACAGGCAUUCUCUAAAUCUAAUCGCCUAAUGAAUGUAUAGGAGCUGUGUGUGAGUAGGACUGCCUCUCACCUAAGAUCAAAUCACUCUAGAAGGGGAUAAUUUUUGUAAUACAUAAACAACGAGGAAGGAGCUAGAGUCAAGCCUUUUCAUAGGGAUCUGAAAGCUUGUCUCAGAAGACGUGGGCAAUUGCUCUUAACUUUGAUGUCCCAUGUCUUAUUAAUUUGCUGUGAUAUGUCAUAGAGAAUUUGAAAAUAAAGGAGGGCAAGCAGAAAUCCACGUGGGAUAUUUAGCCAGAGAAGAAGAAUCUUUUCCAUCUGGAGUUUGAUGUUUAUUGACUUAGGGAAGGCCUGAUCCUUGGCAAGUGUCAGAGGGACCCUGGUAGUCCGGCUGCGUGGCGCACACUGUGUGGCUAGGCCCUUUCUAUCUGAAGUAAGGCCAUGGUCACGCUUCUUUUGGCAGGGAAGAUUAUAGAGGGAUUUGGGGAGCUGGGCCUAUUAUUAAAAGUAAUUUUUUUCCUGGUUUGUUUAUCUACACUUGUUUAUGCUGUGAGCCAAACCUCUUAUUUAAAAAAAAAAAAGUUGAUACUCACUUUCAAUUUUAUUUCCUAUUAUUAUAUUUGUCAUGAAUAGUUAUCAUGAUGUAAAUAUGAAAAUUGGGGGUUUUUGUUUGUUUCUGUAGAUAGUAAACUUUUUUUAAGGGGGGAAAAGGGAAACAUUUUUAUAAAGUUAUAUUUUAAUCACCAUUUUUAUACAUUGUAGCAAAUUCAAACCCAGUAAGAGAGUGAUAAUUCAUUCAUGUGCAUGGAGAACUAUGAACAGCCACUCAUAUGUCUAUUCUAAUUUAAAUGAGACUUUGAUGCAGUUGUAUUAUGCCAAUUAAAUGAAGAUGCUGCAAAGAAAUUUUUUUUUCACUAGUAUCUUUUGCUAGCUUGGGGGUCCAUAUCUCCCAAGUAGAAAAUUUUCUCCACCAAUACUAAAUUUCUAUAGUUGGUGUUAAUUCUCUCCCAAAAGUUCUUGAUUAAAACUCUCCCUGCAAUAUUACAUACAAACCUGCUUAUUAUCUAAACCUUAGCUUCUAGGUAAACCUUAACUGUGAUUUCAACUUUUUAUUUUCUCUGAAGUCAUAGAAUAGUGUUUAUAUUUAUAAUGCCUUUGUCUCUCCUGAAUAGAUCUUACAUUCUCCCCUUCCAGACUAACGAUUUUAUAAUAGUCCAUGACAUGUUCUAAAGAGGAAAAACAAUAUAAUAAAAAUAAAUAUGAUUUCAAGAUAGAUUUCUUAAUAAUUAAAGAAAUACAUAACAUAAUAAUGGACAUGGAACUAAUUAGAAUCAUUUUACUAUUUUUUUUCUCUUAGUUAACACCAGGUCUUCAUUAUUAAGGACUUACUAUGCUAUUUUCCAUUUUUUUUAUUAUUGUUUUUUGUAUCAGUGUUUGUAAAAAUUACAGUCAAGUGCAUUUCCCCAGUGAAUUUAACUAACACCUUCCUUAGAAAGAAGCAAAAAGUGUUUAUACCCAUAUAUACCUCUUCUGAUCACUUUACAAAAUUAAUCUUUCCCCCUCUUGCAACUGCCAUGCCAUAUCUAAAUUAAGUGUAAGUGUAAGGAAAACACAGCUAUUUACCAAGUCAGUAGCAGAACAGUUGUGAGUCUAGAACAGUGUUGGCAGCUUCUUCAGAGCUGCAAAGCCUCGAGUAGGAGGCCACAGUAGAAAAAUGCUUUAACCUGCCACAGUCGUGCUUUGUUUCAAGGCACAUCAACAAGUUGAAAACAAUGGUGUUUGCUAAAGCUGGCAGAACCUAUUCAUUCCAGAACUCUGUUCUUCAGCCCAGGCUGACAAAUUCUGCUUCAAAAUGAUUGCUGGUUUACUAAAGCUAGAAGUCACUGAAGCAGAAUGGUGAAGUGUGUGCCUUUCAUGUACAUCCUAAAGAACACCUAGGGCCACAAAAAAUUUUUUAAAAGGCACAUCAGUUAGUGAUGCUCUUCCGCUAGUUGGUAACAGCAAUAUUACUGUGUUCACUUCCAACUUGAGCUUACUUCCUGUGGUGCCGGUAUCUUUGUUGCAAUCUACAACAUUUUUAUAUGAGCCUAUUUAUAGGUGCCAUUUGAUAAACUCAGGUCUUUCAGAUGAAGGAGCGUCUAUCCCAUUUGGUGAAAAUGAUAAUUGUGUAGACAACUAUGAAAUCAAUGGUCGGAAAAGUUGGGACUGACUGGUGACUCUGAUCAUAUUCAGUAAAAGCCCAGGUAUACUAUCAGUGUCAACAAAAGCAUUUCCAGAACACUUCUAGAUGUCUCUACAGUUACCUAAGCCAGCCCUUAGAAAAUUUUCUUUCAUGAAGAUGCUACAUUAGAUAUUUAAGUUCUUUUGUAUCACUUUUAUGAGACCUGGUCUUGCCCUAAGUAGAAGACAUAGAGUGUUUCUCUGUACAGAGAUGUAUCUACAUCUAUCUUCAUUUGAAAGUGAAGGAAUUUCCUGAUAUGUAAGAAAAUAUCUUCUUUCUAAAAGCAGAUGACACAGGUCUGUGUUCCUUUUUGGUGGAAUUCCAGAACAAAUCCUAACUAUUGAGAUUCCCUGUCAAACAAAAGAAAAGGUAUUAUAUGUCAUGCAGACUGUUCCUAUGGAUGGAUGUAUUUUGAUUUUCUCCUGUCCUUUGCCUCUCUUGGUUUGCAAUUUCCCUUUUUCCCCAGUCACUUUUCCAGAGAACUUACUUUGAAGGUAAAAAGCUGUGCAAAAGGCAUGAGACUCAGGCCUAUUAUACUUUAAAUGAUGGAAAAAUAUAAAUUAUUUUCAAAGUAAUAAAGAUGUUAAAGUUAUCAUUGUAAAUAAAGUCUAAAGUUUGAAAUGA